AUGGAUCCCACAAAGCGAGCAGGCAUCGAUCGGGAGCUUUUGGGCAUCGCCGAACCCAUCGCCGAAUCCCCGAUUUCAAACGGACCAACGACCGGAAUAACAUCGUCGAAUCAGAUUCAGGCACCUCAGCUCGGACACUCCGUUUCGACUUCCAAAAACUCAGAAGUGGGGACAAAAGAUGCUAGUCAAAGCGAUUUGCUCUUCUCAUGGCGUAUCAGUGUCACCGACGAAGACUUUACUGAAACGCGUCACGAAGAAGUUGCAGGGAACUUGCCGCUCAUCAACGAAGGAAAUCGGAACCUAGGAUCAUUUGGAGGCUGUUCAUCCGAUGCUGGAGCCUCAAACUGCAGCUUCCUUAGUAUCGUGCCUGUGCAGGAUAUGGGUCAUUCAGAUUACAUUGAGUGGGAGUCAUCAGAGAUGGCGAAUGAUUGUAUUGGGACUCAGGCAUUACAUUCUCAUCAUCCUGCACUACGGCCUCAGGACAAUACCAACGAUGACGCCGAUGUUCAGACCAUGAGCGACGCCAUGUUUGCCGCCAGCAUAACUUCAGCCUCGGAAGAUAAAGGCUUUCUGCCUCUCGAUGCACUCCGCCGCAUCGUAACUCCGACGGCCGUACAACGGCUUUUGGGGCAUGCAUUCCCUCACUUCAAGCCCAAAGUCAUCAACAGCUGGGUCUCCAGUAUCAGCGGCAAGCCAGAUGAGGUCAAGGCCCAGCCCCAGCGACGAAAGAUAUUUGCUAUCUUGAUUUUGAUGGAGCAAGUGAAGCUGAUCGAAGACUUCAUUAAACACGACAUCGAUGACAGCUUUUUGCCGCUAGAAAUAAAACGGAAUUUGCGUCACAAACCUGUCAUCCAACUUCAAAAGAAGGACGGCCUUGUCCGCGCCCUUCGAAGAAUUCAUAAUCUGAGGACUAUGUCCAAAGAAGACAACUACGCCCCUGUUCCUAACGACCCAAAUGUCUUGCUUGACAACAAACACUGGGGUCGGCAUGGCGACAUCAAGCCAGAAAACAUUCUUUGGUUCAAGAAAUACGAAGAGUCGCGUCGCAACUUUCUUGUAAUAUCUGAUUUUGGGUUAACUCGAUUCAACACUGCCGAUUCCAGGUCCAAAGUCGCUUAUGACGCAGUCAAGGGUUUCUCGGGAUCUUAUCGGCCUCCCGAUGUGGAUCUGAAAAGAACAAUAUCGCAGAGGUAUGAUAUCUGGUCCCUGGGUUGCGUCUUCCUCGAAUUCGUAUCGUGGUUUCUUGUCGGCCACGACCGAACACAGAAAGAUUUUACAGACUCUCGACUCCAAGAAGAUGGCUCGCAUACUGGAUCGAGGAUUCUUCUUGAAGAUAAGUUCUUCAACUUCAAUCCAAGUAAAGAUGAUGGACCCUCGACAGCUGAUGUAAAGACAUCCGUCACUGAUGUAAGUAGUCCCAACGAAGCCGUCGCUCUCCUAGUGAUGUAUGCCUACCGCGGUCUCACUAAAAGUUGUUAG